AUGCCACCAUCAAAUGGAGGUCCAGCUGGAUACACCCCACCAGAUGGAGGCUGGGGGUGGGCAGUAGUCGUUGGAGCUUUCAUUUCCAUUGGUUUCUCUUGUGCAUUUGGCAAAUCUAUUAGUGUAUUUUACAAAGAAAUUGGAGAAAUAUUUAAAGCCAGCUCCAGCGAAGUGUCAUGGUUAUCUUCCAUUGCGUUUGCUGUCAUGUACGCUGGAGGUCCUAUUAGCAGUAUCCUGGUGAAUAAAUAUGGCAGUCGCCCCGUCAUGAUUUUUGGUGGCUGCUUGUCAGGCUGUGGCUUGAUUGCAGCUUCCUUUUGUAGCACUGUGAUGGAACUUUACAUUUGCAUCGGAGUUAUUGUAGGUCUCGGGCUUGCCUUCAACUUGAAUCCAGCUUUGACCAUGAUUGGCAAGUAUUUCUACAAGAAGCGACCAUUAGCAAAUGGACUAGCCAUGGCAGGCAGCCCUGUGUUCCUCUUUGCCAUGGCCCCUCUCAACCAGGCUCUUUUUGCUCUCUUUGGCUGGAGAGGAAGCUUCCUAAUUCUGGGGGGCCUCCUACUAAACUGCUGUGUGGCUGGAGCCCUGAUGAGACCAAUAGGGCCCAAGCCAACCGCUGCAGAGAAAGAGAAGUCUAAAGGAUCCCUUCAGGAAGCUGGAAAGUGUGAUGCAAACAAGGGGGCAGGUAAUCCAAAGGCAGGAGUUAGCGGCAGAAACUCCCCAAAGGAGAAACAAUCACUUUCUCAAGCAGUUAACAAACUUUUGGACCUAUCCCUGUUCAAGCACAGAGGCUUCCUGCUGUACCUCUUUGGGACUGUGAUCAUGUCUUUUGCGCUGGCUGCGCCUUUAGUCUUUAUUAUCAAUUACGCCAAGAGUCAACAUCACUCUGGUGAGAAGGCUGCUUUCCUUCUUUCCAUUCAGGCUUUUGUUGACAUGGUAUCCAGACCUUGUAUGGGAUUUGUAGCCAACACAAAGUGGGUAAGACCACGAAUUCAGUACUUUUUGGCUGCUUCUAUUAUCGCAAACGGAGUAUGUCAUAUGCUAGUUCCUUUAUCUUCCAGCUACAUGGGGUUCUGUGUCUACUCGGGAUUCCUUGGAUUUGCUUUUGGGUGGUUUGGUGCUGUACUGUUUGAAACACUGAUGGACCUUGUGGGAGCCGAGAGAUUCUCCAGCGCUAUGGGAUUGAUGACCAUUGUGGAGUGCUGGCCUAUGCUCCUGGGGCCACCAGUUUUAGGUCGUCUCAAUGACAUAUAUGGAGACUAUAAAUACACAUACUGGACAUGUGGCAUAAUCCUUAUUGUCUCUGGCAUCUAUCUUUUCAUCGGCAUGGGCAUCAAUUACCGACUUGAGGCUAAAGAACAGAAGGCAGAAGAGAAACAGAAAAAGGAAAGUAAAGAGAUGGAACCAAAAGAAGUUAUUAAAGCUGCUCAGUCUCCAGAACUGAAUGGCACAGAAGAAGGACCCAAAGAGGAGAAACUCUGA